UAUUGAAAAGCAUAGAAAGUUUGUGGAGGCAACCAACUGGCUCUUUCACACUUCCAAUUUUUUUAAACGGAAAAUAUUCAUGGUUUUUUAAAUAUUUCUUUACUUUCAACUUUUAAAGUCUUCUGUAAUUAAUAUUUAAUUCGUGUCAUAAAUUUAAAGUUUGCAGUUAGUUCAUAAUUCAUAUGGAUAAUUGACUUUAAAACACGAAAUACUAAAUGGCACUACCAGCAUGCAUCGAAGAGGGGACGAUGAAUUCAUCUGACAUGAUGGCGACACCUUUUAUGGCAAUUUCUCGUAGAAGUGGAGGAGGUCGAUCUGAUGAACCCCAAAUCACAAAACAUUGCAUUGGCGAUCCCUCUCGUGCUGGACGUCAUCUUUAACGCUUUGCCUCUCCCAUCAUUGAAAACAGCACGCCUCGUCUGUCAAACUUGGAACGAGGUGGGAACCACCCACCUCGGGAGGAGGUCGGUUCUCGCUGUGGAUAAACUAUUUCCUUGUUGUUCUCUCGGCCCUAUGCCCCCACUCGAUGGAAAACUUGUCCGCCAUAUUUCUUACAACGUGGAUUGUGCAUCUGACGAUUGCAAUACUGAUACAUGUUCAGACAUAACAGGUGUUGAAUGUAUGUCGAAAAAUCUUGGCUCUUUCUUAUCCAGAAUACAAGACGAGCCUCUUGAAGAAAUCCAUUUCCAAGUGUUGGAUGAACUGUGUCCAGUAAUUGCAGAGGCUUUGACCAAUUACCCAUUUGCUAAAUUGACCACCAUCUCCCUCGAUUUAUAUGGGGAAGAUUAUUUCUUCGAUUAUCGCGAAGAAGAGGAUGACAUUAACCCCCUCGAGAAGUAUUUAAUGACUUGGCAAUGUCCUUCAUUUCCUGUUCGGUCGUCCCUAAAGAAGUUGUCCCUUUGGGUAGGAGACGAUGGGAAAAACAAGCCGAUGCCUCAUUUUCGCAACUUGUUUCAAAAGCUAAUAAAUUCCGCUCCAAAUUUGACUCAGUUAAGGAUAGUGGAUAAUUUCUAUCCGGACUUGAGCACAUGUAGAAAACUGGAAGUUUUCGAGUAUGAUGGAUUCCCACUGGGGAUUAACGUAAGAGAUGAACUUCACCCGGCGCAGGCGCAUGAAAUCUACCAAGACGAUGAAACUUAUAAAGGGGGCAAGGUGGUUCAAAUGUUGGAUCAGGUGAAGGAUUCCGUGGUGAAAGUUGUCCUCGGAAGGUUGCCUGAAGAAGAUGUCGAACUAAGACAACAUAAGUCACACGCAAAGGCAUCUCUCUUCAUCCUUCCACGCCUCCCAAAAUUGACUUCACUGUUCGUCCACGCUGUAAACAUUUUCGGUAUGAAGGACAAUUUAAACUCACACCGACUCCCUAAACUGCAAAAUGUCGCGUUAAGAAGCUCCCAUAAAUGUGAAACUGCUCUAGUCGAUCUACUCGAAUCCAUGUCCUCUACAAAUUAUGACAUAACCUCCCUUAGAAUUUGUCUUCCUCCUACUCCUGAUCUGAUUUCUCGAGUACGGACACUUUUUCCUCACGUCAUCAAUCUCGAGUUGGAAACACAUUAUCCGGAGAAGAGGAACCUAACUUCACACGAAAAGGUGAACAAUUUCCAAGAGAUGGUUCAAAUUUUCUACAAUUUUGGGCAGCUUGACCAUUCCAUUGUUCAUGUUACGCUGAGGUGUAAAUUAUUCGACGCUGGGGAAGCAGUGGAAAGCUUGGCACGAAUGAGAGGCCUUAAAACUCUUCAUAUUAUUGCUAAAAGUAAAACGGGAUCGAUCGGACGAUCAAACUUCUUACCAGGGACGCAAGCUGUAUUCUUGUCUUGUGCUGCAAUACCUACCGUAAUAAUGCAUGGACUACUGGUCACUAAACUCACAUUAAACCAGAUGAUGGACUUCAUAAAGGAACACAACCUCCCCAUUAAGCUAGAAGGGACAAGGGUUCAGCAAGCGAAAUGCUGCAUGAUUUUUGACCAUUCCAUCCCUUUCACGGUGCAAUCCAUAUUGGAGACAGGAAAUACAACGGCCAGCAAAUCAUGUAGCACAUAGUGUACCUUCAAUACAAUAUUGCUUGUGUUGUGAGUUAUUAAAUAAAAUUAUAGAUAAUCUUAAUAAAUUUCAUGAAAAGAGAAAAGUGCACGUGGACGAAGAGCAAGUUAUUUGGCGAAGGUGAGACAAAAUCUUUGCGGCAACCAGGAACCCGGUUCUUCUCCGUCGUUGUUGCUGUCUACAAGAAUAUUAAAAAAUAUAUGCAGCAGCUUCAUUCAUUUUAAUUAACUCCUUUAUAAUAAUUGGUUAAUUAAAUCUAUAUACAUACUUAAUAAUCUGACCUGCUAUAGUGUGAAGUAAUCU